AUGAGCAUCAACGAUCCCGAAAACGUCGUCGACGUUCUAACUCAGUGCAAGAUCUGGCAACCAUGGAGGAAACUUCCCUCGGUGCUCCAAGUACAAACGUACCCUCGCCUACGACGCCGGUUUCUUUUCAAGACGCGGCAUGCCUUCGGCAAGAAUGGUUACACGAAGAAAGACAGCGCUCUAAUCCGAGCCACCAAUGGGAGGAAGAAAUGGCAUGGGCAGCUGGUGUCUACAAAGGAGAUGUCACGCUUGGCGAGACCAAUGCUGAGCGAUGGCUUGAGUUUAAUGGCGGGGAGCACCCUCCCAACAAAGAGCACUGGGACUACUAACUGGAACCUAUGGUGA